AGGAAUUAACUUUGACCCUCCGUGGCACCAGUAGGUCUCUUCCGGUACAAAAGCAGAGCUCUACUGUAUUUGCGGUUUCUGUGAAGGUCGUGAGUCCGACUUGUGAUCCACCAUGUCUCUACAAAAGCCUGUGAUGAGGGGGCUACUGGCGCGGCGUCUGAGGUUUCACCUGCCCAUCGCAAUCGCCAUCGGUCUGACAAGUGCAGUAUCGUUCAAGUACAUGGUGACAGAGCCCAGGAAACGGGCCUAUGCUGAGUACUACAAGCACUAUGACGUCAACAAAGAGUUCAAUGCCAUGAGGGAAGCUGGCGUCUUCGAGAGCGUGCAGCCAACUGGGAAGUAAACCUACUGCAAAUCUUUUCAUGGCUGGCCCCCAUCAUUCCUUCGUGGUCUGAAGAUGAAGUUCCUUCUCUCCCCCUUGGAUGUAAAUUACUGAUCAGAUGUGAACAUCUCUCUGCUCUUAUGUCCCUCUACAAUAAACUGUUCUGUUAAUGUGA